AUGCGGCCCGCAGACGACCAAGCGUACGAUCCUCACUCGCUGGAGCUUGAGGAGGAGGAUUCGUACGAUGCUCAGGCUGUCGAUUCGCAGCUGGACAGCGAUUAUAUUACCUACAGCGCUGAGCAUGACUACGAGUACACAGGCGCGGAGCAUGACGGCGACAUGCCAGAUGACGCCAUGUAUGACGACGACGACUUUGACGACGACUUUGACGAUGAGUUGUCGUCUAGCCCUUCGAUUCCAGAUGAGAAUAUCAACUUUGACCUAGUGUACGCCUUGCAUACGUUUAUUGCAACUGUCGAUGGUCAAGCGACUGUGCAAAAAGGCGAUCAUUUGGUUCUUCUAGAUGAUAGCAACAGCUAUUGGUGGCUUGUCCGCGUCAUGCCAUCGCAGGAGGUGGGCUACAUCCCUGCUGAGAAUAUCGAGACGCCCUACGAGCGUCUUGCGCGUCUCAACAAGCACCGCAAUGUGGAAAUCGCUACCGCGACCGAAGAGGAUACAGAGCCUAUGUACUCUGAGGGUCCUUCCGGGUUCCUUGUCAAGGCACGCACGUAUGGCGGUAUCAACAAACACUCUGGUAAACUCUCGGCCCUCUCACGCCGUGAAGUGUCUCAUCCCGACGAAGAGCAUGCACAGCGCUCGCCGCCGAAGAAGCAAGCCGUACUGUUCGGCCAGUCGGAGUACGUGGAGCAUAGCGGGAAUGAAGCGUCGGACGAAGAGGACGAAGAGGCUGAGGAGCAUGGCGAAGAAGAGUCGGCCGUGGCGUACGAAGGCAGGUACGAAUACGAUGCGGCGUCUGUGGAAGACGAGGGCGACGAAAACCAGGCGCCUGCUGUCAUGUCGUCGACCCCCAUUGCUGGGGAAGCGCCUCGAUUGGCAUCGACGAGUGCAAGUACCAUUAGUCCCACCAUUGGGCUGUAUCCCACGUCGGAUGACGAUACCAGUCGCGAGCCACGUGAGGAGACGCGGCGGUCGAAGCGGACGAGUUUGCUGGGUAUGCCCGGCACAGAAAAGACUUUCACAGUUGUGCGUCUGUUUGCGGGCGAUACGAUUCAAAGCGAUGCGACGUUCAAGACGGUCCUGCUUAGUCCCACCACCACGGCGUCAGAGUUGCUAAGGCAGGCCAUGCAGCGUUUCCAUCUCACUGAAGACGAAAACGACUAUGCGGUGGUUCUUCGUCAUGCCGACGGUGAUGAGCAGACGCUGGAAUCGUCAGCGUAUCCGUUGCAAAUGCUGGAAGCGUUGGCAGAUCAUAUGGGCAAUACGUCGCACAACGAUUCGUCGCAGCAUGAUAGCGUUACGUCGCUCAUGUCUCUAGUCGACACGUCAUCCAGUCGAAUUAUGUUUGACUACAGUGAUGAUCGCUAUGGCAAGCUUUUCCUGGUGCGUCGUACGUCGUCCCUGGACGAUGUUGACAAACUACUAGCCUCGACACCAGCUCUGACGGCUAUGCUCUCACCCUCUGCGCCCGUGACAUCGCCUACCAAAGCCAAGAUGGCGCCCUCGCCUUCAACGCCCGCUGCCGCGCCAGCCAGUGAUACGCUUCUUCGCUUCACUGUUCAGCUGGCCCUCGAUGCACCAGACUUGCCGGAGGGCUUGUACUUUGACGCAACCAGCGGUGUCCCGAUGCGUGGCUCGCCCCCUCCCGACCAAGCGCCGAGUCUGUCCCAGACGCGACUGCUUCAGUUGGUCAAGAAUGCCACAGUAGCAGAAGUGAUUGAAGCGGGCCUUGAGGCGUUCCAAGUCCCGGAUGCCGUGGUCGACGGUGGCGAUGAUGUUGAGGCGCGUGCCUGGCAUGGCCGGCCUCGGGCGAAGUACCGCCUUGUGGCGCAGUCAGGCACCAACGAGCAGUCACUCUCUCCUACAUCGAAAGUGUUGGCUGCGUAUGAUACCUUGCCGCGUCUGCAUACCAUUGAGGUCGCCUCCAAACGCAAAAGCCUGGAUUUGGCCAUUACCCCAGGCUCUAUGGACGACAUUGCGAGUACGGAUCCCGUGUUUGUCCUGCGCCUCGUCCCACCGGAGCGUCCUUUCGGUGCCGGAUCCGCCACGGAUACCUCCAUCCUGAGCACGUCUCGCAGUUUCCCGUCGGAUCCGUUUGGUGCGUCCUCGUCGCGGCCUACUCCGUCGGCUCUCCUAUCGCCCCGAGCCACGCGUCCAGCUGUCCUGGCCAAUGGCGAAAGUGGUGUCGACUUGAUUGUGAGCGAUCAGGUGCGUCUACGCUCUUCGCGGGCCAAUGAUUCUCCUCGUGUGCGCUAUUCCCUUCUCUCGGCGGCUGGCUCGUCCAGAGAUGUGAGUGAGGCACUGCAGCCUGUGUUGGAAGGCAUUACCAACACGCAUGGCACUCGCUCUAUGACGCACGACGACCUGCUUGAACGGUUUGCGGAGCAGAUUCCUACGAUGCCCGAGACGACUGUCAAAGCCGACUUGCACUUGUUGAUGCGUGGCCUGGUCCUUGACAAGUCGCACUCAUCGCCGUCCUCCUCGUCUCUUCCUCCUCUCUCGACGCCGCCGCCCACGUCCUCGUCGUCUACGUCGACACGGCGUUCACCCCUCUCUUCGUCGGCCUUGUCCAAAGCCACUGCUUCUGCGCCACUGGUGACGCCGUUGCCUGACUUGCAAAGUGGCCUCCACUUGCCAAGCCAGGCGCAAUUGCAACGCAGCUCGUCGGUGCGCAGCGUGUCUGCGAGUGAUGCUGCGAUGGCGAUGGACACCCCAGCGCGGACCUCCGCCCCGUCUCGACGGACAGGGGAUCGCGUGCUGAGCGACUCGACCGUCGCGACAGGGACAGACCGCCAGGGUCACGAAAAGUACAAUUUCCAUGCGCUAUAUGGUAUUGUGGAUGCCCUUGUUAUGGAGAAGCCCCAAGGGGAUGUGGACCAGGGCCUUAGCUCGUCGCAUCACUUGUCGCCUCCUUCGUCACCACAGACAGGGGCGUUGAAACGCUCGUCGUUUGCCAUGUCCAAAUUGCUGGAAGAGACGCCAGCCGAGCGCGUAUGGCGCGAGUCCAAUGGUCUCUUUUCCGUGCCUUUCCAAUCGGCAGAGACAGCGCCGGCGGGGGCCGAGGACGAACAUCUGCAAUUUGCGCCUCUCAUGGCUCGGAUCGCUGCUGUCGAGGCCGAUCUCGACGAUCAGUUGCGGGCCCUGGUCGGCCCCUCGGUGUCAUCCUGA